AUGCCUUUACUUUUUAAACAGUUUAACCAGCUGGCUAAACCUUUGGCAUAUGCUGCUAGGUUCUCUGCUAGGCGCCCAAUCCACGUGAUUUUGUUGGUAUUGCUGCUUUCCACGUUGUCUUACAUAUCUGUGUUUCAGUACUAUUUCAAUGGACUACAGUUAUUGAAUUUGAACUCUAAUGAUGGUGGAAACUUGUUCAAAGAAUGUACCCACUAUUACAGGGCUUCUGGCUCAGACAAUUGGAAUCUCAUCUCCACGAAAGACGCAGAACAGAAAAUGGUAGACCAAGCUAUAUCAUUGAAACAUUACUAUUUGUACAAUUUGAACUUUAAAGACUUCGAUUUGGCAUCAGAUAUGGAGUUACCAACGGUAGGUGAUACAUUAUAUGAAAUCAAUAACACAAAGUACAUAUUAUCUUCCACGCCCUUAAAGGAAAUGGAUACAUUGGAGUCAGAAAAUUCAAAUACUCAAUGGAGAUUAUUGAAUAUACAAAGCAUUAAUAUCUCGAAUUUACCGAAAAGAUUUUUCAAGAAAUUGUUCGAAACAUGUUCAACCCAUAUCAAUGAAGCUGAAUCCUUUGAUAUCGUAAUCAUUUCAAUGGCUUAUUUGACUAUGUGUUACACCUUUACCUCAUUAUUCAAUGAUAUGAGAAAACAACAAGCAGGUACGACAAAUUUCUGGUUAAGUUUAGCGACAGUCUUUAACACACUGUGUGCCCUAAUAUUAGCCUUAUUCACUACUCAGUGUGUCCUCAAGGUCCAUGUUGCCGCCAUCAGUUUAAUUGAAGGUAUUCCAUUCAUUAUUAUCGUCGUUGGAUUUAAUAAUCAGAUUAAAUUUGCCAAGAAUGCCUUAUCAAAGAUGGAAAAAAUUGGUAUUUCAAAGAAAAUUACUACUAGUAAGGUUAUCCACGAAUCAAUGUUCGACGAAGGUGGUCGCCUUUUACAGGACAACUUGUUAUGCCUUGUCGCAUUUAUUGGGUGCUCAAUUUAUGCCGCUCAUCUAACGACGUUGAGUAAUUUUUGUAUCCUUUGCGCUUUUAUGCUAACUUUCGAUCUAAUUUUGACCAGCACGUUCUAUGCUGCCAUUGUUUCGUUAAAAUUAGAAAUGAACUUAAUUCAUAGAUCCACAAUUAUUAGACAAACUUUGGAAGAAGAUGGCGUGGUUCCAACUACUGCAAAAUUCAUCUCCCAAGCAAAGGAAAAUAAGCCUAAAUACUCUUUAUUUCAUUCUACAGCGGCUUUGAUCGUUUUCAAAUUGAGCUUAAUUGCUCUUUUCUUUAUAAUCCAUUUCUAUAACUUUGGUAUUGAUUGGGCGACAAAUGUUUUCUCAAAUUUAUAUUAUAGUAACUUCAAUAAUGCGUCGUUACCAGAUUUUAUAACAAUACGAAACAUUGCCGGUAAUAAUAAUGUACCAAUUUUAAUUUCUUUGACUCCAAUCCAAUAUUAUCAACAAACGAAGAGAAUUCAUCAGUUAGAAGAUUUAGUUUACAUGCUUUUACAUCAUAUUAGUGUCACUAUACGUGAUAGAAUUGUUAGUAAGCUUAUUUUUUGUGCUUUAGUCGUCAGCGCUACUAUUAACAUCUAUCUUCUGAAUGCCGCUAGAUUGCAUGCUAACUAUACUGUAAAUGAUGUUUUGAAAUUUAGAAAUAUUUCUAAUUCUUCUAAUAGCAGAGCCACCAGUACACCUUCAAGUGCCGGCACUGUCAUUUCCUCAACAAGAACAGUAGUUGAUGGCACCAGCAAUAUUUUGAACAAAACUAACAAACCAACUUCCAAGAAAUCCAAAAAUAAGGAAAAGAAAGGUAAGAACAAGAAAAUAUCACAAGAACCAUCACCUUCUCCAGAGACAAUUAGAAAAGAAAUUUUGCCGGUACCAUCAAGCUUAUCUUUAUCCUCGUCAUCUUCAUCAUCUUCAAGCGAUGAUAUGGCAGAAACUCGUCCGUUGGAAGAAUUAGUAGAAAUCAUGAAAACUGGAGAUAUCAAGGAUCUGCAAAACAAUGAAGUCACUCUUUUAGUAACAAAUAAUAAGCUACCACUGUAUGCAUUGGAAAAGAAAUUAGGAGAUACUACUCGUGCAGUCUUGGUUCGUCGUAAGGCAUUAUCAAUUCUAGCAGAUUCACCAGUAUUGUCUACUGAAAGAUUACCAUACAGAGAUUAUGAUUAUGACCGUGUAUUCGGUGCCUGCUGUGAAAAUGUUAUCGGUUACAUGCCUCUACCAGUCGGUGUCAUAGGUCCCUUAAUCAUAGACGGUGUUCCCUUCCAUAUUCCAAUGGCCACUACUGAAGGUUGUCUUGUAGCUUCUGCUAUGCGUGGCUGUAAAGCUAUUAAUGCUGGCGGUGGUGCCAUUACUGUUUUAACAAAGGAUGGAAUGACAAGAGGUCCAUGCGUACGCUUUCCUUCUUUGAAAAGGGCUGGUGCUUGUAAAAUAUGGCUAGACUCCGAAGAAGGUCAAAAUAAGAUUAAAAAGGCAUUUAAUUCCACAUCAAGAUUUGCAAGAUUACAACACAUCCAAACUGCACUUGCAGGUGAUUUACUAUUCAUUAGAUUUAGAACGACAACAGGCGACGCUAUGGGCAUGAAUAUGAUUUCAAAAGGUGUUGAGUUUUCUCUCAAUAUGAUGGUUGAAGAAUUUGGUUGGGAAGAUAUGGAAGUUGUUUCUGUAUCAGGAAACUACUGUACAGACAAAAAGCCUGCAGCAAUAAAUUGGAUUGAAGGGCGUGGCAAAAGUGUAGUUGCAGAAGCCACAAUUCCCGCAGAAGUAGUCCAGAAAGUGCUGAAAAGUGAUGUCAGGGCUUUAGUGGAAUUGAAUAUUUCUAAAAACUUGAUUGGUUCUGCUAUGGCUGGUUCAGUCGGUGGGUUUAAUGCACAUGCUGCAAACUUAUUGACAGCUGUUUUCCUUGCGCUCGGCCAAGAUCCUGCACAGAACGUAGAAAGCUCAAAUUGUAUAACUCUAAUGAGAGAAGUCGAUGGUGAUUUAAGGAUCUCCGUCUCUAUGCCUUGUAUCGAAGUUGGUACAAUUGGCGGUGGUACCGUUUUGGAACCACAAGGAGCCAUGUUAGACCUUCUCGGUGUCCGUGGUCCACAUCCUACCAAUCCUGGUGAAAAUGCAAGACAAUUAGCUAAGAUAAUUGCUUGUGCUGUUAUGGCAGGUGAAUUGUCGUUGUGUUCUGCUCUAGCUGCCGGCCAUUUAGUCCAGAGCCAUAUGACACACAACCGUGCCAAGAAAUCCGAACCAGCUUCUGCAGCCGUUGUUGCUUCAAACACUAGUGAAGUCACAGCAGUAUCGACGCCAACCCCCGACGAUAUCAAUAGAUUAAAAGAAGGUUCAAAAAUUUGCAUUAAAUCAUAG